CCUCCAAGAAAUGGGGACCCGCAGUCAACGCCAUUUUUUUCAGACCUUCUUGGUCCUCUCUGAAUUUUCCUCGGCAGCUUCCUUUUACUUUCUUGUUCUCUCCUUCUCCUCCUCCUUCUUCACGAUGAAACUCCAUCGAUCUCCUCUCUCCCCCUCUCUUCCUCCUCCCGCGAUCUGGUGCAGCUCGUGAGCCUCCUCUACGUCGAUAAGCACCAAGACAAACCGAUCACAUCAAGCGCCAUGAACAAGCUCCACGAAGUCGCCAUGAGAGGCGACCUCGCGGCCCUCCAGGACCUGCUGUUGCAAGACCCCCAGAUCCUCCACAAGCCCACUUCGUCUCCCGACGGCACGCCCUUGCACGUGUCUUGUCUCUUGGGUCACACGUCCUUCACCAAGCAGCUCCUCACCCACAACCCGGAGCUCGCCAAAGAGACCGACUCGCGCGGCUCGCUGCCCCUCCACGUGGCGUGCGCGAAGGGCCACGUCGAGAUCGUCAGGGCCCUCUUGGCUGUCGACCCGGAGGGGUCCCUCCGGUGGGACCGCGAGGGGAGGACGCCUCUGCAUUUGGGCGCGAUUAAAGGGAGGGCUGAGGUCUUGGGCGACUUGAUCCGGGCCAAGCCCGAGGCGGCCCGGGUGGUGACGAGUCAGGGGGAGAGCGCGUUUCACCUGUGCGUGAAGAGUAACAGAGUGGAGGCGUUGAAGGUGGUGGUGGGCUGCGUUGGGAGGAACGAUGAGUUCGUGGGUUGUAGGGAUAAGGAUGGGAACACGAUUCUGCAUCUUGCGGUGGCCAGGAAGCAAUUGGAGCUCAUCAAGUAUUUGCUUUCCAGCACCGGCAUUGAAGUGAACGCUCAAAAUGCAAAGGGAUUCACAGCACUGGAUGUCUUAUCAGAAGGUCCAAGAGACUUGAGAGACAUGGAGAUCAAACAGCUCCUGCAGAGAGCCGGAGCUUCAUUAAUAUAUCAAACAUCUUUGGGUCGAGACACAAUUGAAGCCAUUCCAAUAGCACAGCCUUACGUCAAACAGAAAAGUGAUACUAAACCACCGGUUAUGAAGCACAAGCACAAAGAUUGGCUGGGCAGAAAAAGAAGUGCCCUGAUAGUGGUGGCUUCACUCAUUGCGACGGUGGCAUUCCAAGCCACACUAUCACCACCUGGCGGCUUCUGGCAGGAUGACUUUACAGCAGACCCUGCAAAGAAUGGCAAGGAGAAAUCGCACCACGUGGGAAUGGCCGUGAUGGCUACCUCUCUGCCACAAGCAUAUGGGCAGUUCAUGAUCUUCAACACACUCGCAUUUCUUUCUUCGCUGAGCAUAAUUCUGCUUGUGGUCAGUGGACUCCCAAUGAAAAGGAGGAGGUGGAUGUGGACCCAGAUGGUUACCAUGUGGAUCGCUAUCACUGCACUCACUUUUACCUACUUCAUCGCGUGGAUACAUAUGACACCGGAAGAUGACAGAGGGGUUUUUAACACUGUGACUAGAGUUUCUGUGUUUCUGUGGUUGUGCUUGAUGGGCCUCGUCUUCUUAGGCAACGUCGUUCGAAUGGUUCGCUGGUUUUCGAGGAAGUUUGGGCACUUGAAAGUAAAGGAGCGAGAAGCUUCAACUGUUGUAGAAGAGAACGAGGACAACGAACUCUGAAUUCUUGAUGAAGGUGGCUAAUUAGAAUUUGAUGUAUGAAAGUCCUUUGUCUGUCAUCAUUACAUACGAUAUUCUGUCAAUGCUGUAACAGGUGAGUUUUUGCAUGAGUAUAUUCUGAGACUUCGCA